CUGUAUAAAAGUCAGGCAAUGUUGGGAAUCAGACAGAGGUGCCUUGACCAGAGAAAACCGACAACAGCAGUAUUAAGUAUCACGCUAUAAUGUAAGCCAGGUAUCUUCUUAUUUGUCACUUUUUCAUUGAAAUGCGUUCUGUCUGCACUUUUUGUUUGAAAGUCAGUGAGUAUUAAUGCAGUUUUUAUAGUUUAUGAACUGUCAGUAUCAGUCCAAUAUUGAGCUUCUAUUUCUGAUUUGGCAUUGUGACAUUAUUUGAUCAUUAUUUUUACUAUGCAUUUUGACUAAUCAUUUUCCCUGUGAUCCAGGAUUUGCUCCAGUGCUGCCAUGCCGCUGAGCAUGCUGGCUCUCUGCCUGCUGUCUUGUAUUCAUUCUGGCAUAGACGCAUAUCCAGCCAAGCCCGCCAAUCCCCGGGAAGGAGCACCACCUGAGGACCUUGCCAAAUAUUAUUCUGCACUAAGACACUACAUCAAUCUCAUCACAAGACAGAGAUAUGGGAAAAGAGAUGCUCCAGAUACUGUAUUUUCAGAUGUGUUGGUGCGGGAGAGCGCCGAGAGUAUUCCAGGAUCUAACUAUGCCAGAUAUGAUGGGGUGUCAUUGUGGUGAUGCUGCCUAAGGUGUCAUAUCAAGGCUGACUACCACAAAACUGUUG